UCUUCCUUCUAGGUAAAAAAAAAAAGAGGAUCUUAACUGAAUCUGGGCUCAACCCAUUCUGCUAAUAAAUACUCGAGACACUCCUGGUCACAACCAUCUAGGAGACAAACAGCUGAUCUGAAGUGAUUUCUUUGAUAAUACUGAUUAAACAUUACCUUCAGUAAGAUGUUACCAGUGGUUUUAUUUUUCUCUCUCUUCUGUCUGACACCUGUUGCUACUGAAGUGGGUCUCGGUGGUAAAGUGUUUCUGUUUCCAACCGAGACUAACAACAGCUUUGUUAAACUCACUCCUGAAAAGCCACUGAGUCUUUCAGCAUUUACUCUGUGCAUGCGUGUCUCAACGGAGCUCCCGAGCCAGAGGGAGAUCAUUCUGUUCGCCUACCGCACACAGAGCUAUGACGAGCUCAACGUGUGGAGAGAGAAAGACGGCCGUUUCUCCUUCUACCUCAGUGGCAACGGAGUGUUUUUCUACCUGCCUCCUCUCUCCACCUUCCGGACCCACGUGUGCGUCACCUGGGAAUCUGUGACUGGUCUUUCUGCCUUCUGGGUGGAUGGACGUCGCAGCUCAUACCAGCUGUAUAAGAAAGGUCACUCAGUUCGUCCUGGUGGCACCGUCCUGCUCGGUCAAGACCCUGAUAACUACCUGGGUGGCUUUGAUAAGAAUCAGAGCUUUGUAGGAGAAAUUGCAGAUGUGCACAUGUGGGAUUAUGUUCUCUCUGGCAGUCAGAUUGGAGAAGUUUAUGCAAACCAGAAACAGUCUGUGCCGAAGGGAAAUGUGUUCGACUGGAACACCAUCAAUUAUGAGAUUAAUGGAGAUGUACUAGUGGUGAAAGAUAAUUGAUUCUGAUCAGGUGUAAUGUCACACAUUUGUGUCAACCUCUAUAAUCUGUUCACCUGUUUUAAUGAUUUACAAAGCCGUAAUGGCUAACAAAUAAAUUGUUUCCUCAGCAUUA